CUACUUUUCAAGCAUAAACAUUUUUCAAUGGCUUCUCUAUCUAAAAUAUGUUUCUUUCUUUUACUGAUAACCUUAACCUUCCACUCUUCUCCUUCUGCUGCCCAAACAAAAUGCGGCAUAACUUCGGUUUACCAAUUCGGUGACUCUCUAGCUGAUAAUGGAAAUGCCAUCCGUUUACCCGGCGUCUCUCUCGUAUUCAGUACCAGCAAACUUCCUUAUGGCGAGACCUUUUUUAAGAGACCUACAGGCCGUGCUUCAGAUGGCCGUAUCAUUAACGACUUCAUUGUCUCUUCUCUUAACCUAUCCUUCCUAAAUGCUUACUUGAACAGAAACACUUCUUUCAGCCAAGGCGCCAACUUCGCUGUGUCUGGCGCCACGGCAUUGAAUAACGCUUUCUGGGCUGCUCGUAAUGUCACGUUGCGUCCUUGGAACAAGCAUCUCGCUGCUCAAUUAGCGUGGUUCAAAUCUCAUCUGCAGUCGACAUGCGGCUCUAACUGUGCACAAACUCUAAAGAACUCUCUUGUAGUAUUGGGUGAAUUCGGUGGAGUUGACUACUUCAAUUGUUUCUUCCAAAACAAGCAAUUACCUGAGAUCCGGAGAUACGUUCCUCCUGUUAUUGCCGAAAUUACGAGAGGCAUCAGAGAUGUGAUUCAGCUUGGGGCAGCUCGCAUUUUGGUUCCAGGUGUUUACCCCUUUGGAUGUCUACCUGUGUACCUUAACAAAUUUUACGUGCCUAAUCCAUUGGCUUACGACCCAUUACGUUGCUUGGGAAAUCUAAAUGUUUUCGCUUCAUACCACAACAUUCAGCUGAACAUAGCUCUGAAAAAACUACAACUCCAGUUCCCAAAAGUUAGAAUCGUUUAUGGGGAUUACUAUGGGGCGCUUACGACUGUUCUUAGCAGAGCUUCUAGCUUUGGAUUUAAUCAAAACACAUUGCUCUCUGCUUGUUGUGGAGGCGGCGGAAGAUAUAAUUACGGGAAAGCAUGCGGAUCAGCUGGUGCUACAACUUGUCCUAAUCCGUCUCAAUACAUCAACUGGGAUGGGAUUCAUUUGACAGAUGCAGCUCAUCAUCAUAUGGCAGAUAUUAUCGUCAAGGACAUGCUUCCGAAAUUCGGGUGUAACAACUUUAAGGAUUCGGGUAUACUCAUGUCUAGUUAUUGAUUUCAAAGUUUUCUUUGUUGGAUAAUUGGAUGUUUUGACUGUGAGAUGUAUCUUUUCUUCUCCAUCAAGAAGUAUAAAAGAAAUUAAUAAAUGAAUGAAUUUCACUUGA